CACAUCCAGUCGCCAAAGAACCCUGCAGAAAGCACGACACCUCUCCUCUUUUGACAUAAAGUGACAUGCUGCCCAAUCCACACCAAACUUGCGACUAUCCGUUCACUUGAAACACCACGAGGAAGCCGGAGCAACUCCAUAGUUACACAAAUACGAUAGUAACCUCACGAUGUUGGUCUCAAUUGCGCUCGAUCACCCGCACGAGCACUACACGAAUCUUGAUGUCAUCCAAGGAAGAGUGUUUUUACGGGUGCCUAAUCCUACCAGUGUCAGCAGCAUCGUUGUAAAGCUUGAGGGCGAGUCGAAGACGAGGUUACUGGCACCAAUCCAUCCUAGUAGACCGGACAAGCAACGACCAGUCCUCGAGGUACACAAGGUUCUGUACAAGACGGAGGUGGUCUGGCCAGCCAAUAUGAGGCAAGAGGAUCUCCUCACCAACAACAAGACUGGCUUUACUAUGAACGCUGGCAACUUCGAGUACCCUUUCCAGUUCAAAAUCCCCUUGAAUACCUCCUGCCAUGCGCAGCAGGCGACCGCACCCAUCUCGAACAUUUCUUUCGCAAACGCCAUACCCGAGUUCGCAAAAGCCCCAACACAGCAUAUCAAAACCACAUUACCACCGUCCCUUACCGGCUUUCCCGGCGAAGCCGAGAUCCGAUACUUCGUGAAGGUGACGGUGAACAGGCCAUCACUGUUCAAAGAGAACCCAAGGGCGGUCGCAAACUUCACACUGUUACCGAUCGAGCCACCACGAACGGAAAGGCAAGAUGGCGAGGCGUACGCAAGGAGACAACACCAAUUUCUGGAGAAUGCGCCUAGUGUAGCAGCAGGGAAGAAGCUAGGUCUCUUCGACAGGAAGAGCUCAACGACAAGUGUGCCAUCAUCACCGACAUCCUCGGGUCCACCACCACGCAUAGCACUUGAUGCUCGACUACCGAACCCGGCAAUCCUUACAGCCAACAAGGACCUUCCGUUGAGGCUACUCGUGAAAAGCAUGAGCGCACGCACAAAGAACGUAUAUCUUCAGAUGCUCCAGAUCGAGUUGAUCGGCUACACCAAGGUGCGGGCGCACGAAGUAGCUCGAACGGAGUCGAACAGCUGGAUCCUCUGCUCGUUCAGCAACAUGGCCAUUCCACUUGGUUCGCCUACAGAUCCUGUGGAUGCAGAGGUGCCUGUAAACCCUGAGUACUGGUCAGGAAAACCCAUUCCAAACACUGUUCCACCCACUUUCCAAACGUGCAAUCUUUCACGGUUCUACGAGCUAGAGGUGCGCGUGGGCAUCGGUUACGGCUCCUACAAGCAAGGCGAAGAUCAGCUGGUAGUCUUGCCGUUGAGAUUGCCGGUCAAGGUCUACUCUGGCAUUGCUCCUCCCAAGGCAUUGCUGGAAGCUGCGUUAACGGGAGAAGCAGGCAAGACUGCAAGCCUCGGUGUACCUCCGCCAGCACAUAACCCGCACACGCCAACAAUGACAACUCACACUAGCUUCGGAAGCCCAAGCACAUAUCCUAACGCAACGACGAGACCACAGAGCGAUUCAUUCGAGGCGCCGCCACCGACUUAUGAGGAAGCAGUCGGACAGGAGCUGCCUCCGAUCAACGGAUACAGAGGAACAUACCAGCCUCCACCAGUGCCGGAGGGAGCACCGAGGUUCUCGGACGAGAAAAGGCGAUGAAAGAGUCACACGACUGUGGACUGAAGAGGAUACCAUCUGGUGACACAACGUGAGCAGUAGUGGAACAGCUCCCCUGUUCACGAUGGGACUGGGCGGCCGUUGGGCAUGACGGAAGUGGACGUGGAGCACGCCGGGCCGCAGCACGACGGCAGAACUAUGUUUCUAGCCAAUCACUUAA